UUGUUUAUUUGAGAUAUUCCGACAAAUCAAAGCUAACUGCGAACUGGACAAUAAGUUACAGAAAAAAACUAUCGAUUAUUGGGAUCUUAUUAAUUUCGUAAUCAGCUGCUUGAGAUUCGUCAAAGUGUUUAACCAGUGGAGCAGUAUUCUUUACCAUGAACUGCAUAUCGAGUUUGCAUUAUUACAAGCUACUAACGUCAUUGAAAUAGAUUUCGAGAAGGUAUAUGACUCAUUGCAAAAUGUUCCCAGAAGAGAAAGAGAAAUAUAUUGGGACUUGUGUUUUAACGCGAUAAGGGAGAAUAAAGACCUGGGUCGGCUAACAUUGAAUUAUAAACCAACCCGAUACUAUCCCGAACACUUGGAAAGGUUCCAGGCCGUGGUAGAUGCCAUUAGACACAAGAACACUCUUCGAAUUCUUAAAGUUUAUGUUGAAGGUGAGUUUGAUAUGCUUAGGGCUUACAACAAAUGUGAUCUGAGGACUUUGGGCUUACAGGGUAUAGCUUCCAAAAUGUGCCAGAGCUCGACCGAUUAAGAGAAGUGUAUAUAAAUGCUCAAAUGCAAGCAGAUGAUUUGGUAGAGCUGUGCCGUUCUAAUCGGAAUUUAGUCAUUCUUGAAUUCAAGAGCACCGAACUAUAUGGAAGGUUUCGGAUAUUGUGCCAUACUGUAAUAAACUGGAAAACCUGGAGUUAACGAUGAAGACAGAUGUGGAUGCAACAGAGUAUGCCACGCUGGCAAGUUUGCCCAAACUUCAGAAAUUAAGACUUAGAGGAAACCAUCGAGCGGGAACUUUGGUAAAGUGUUUUGAAGGUCUCGAAGGAAGUGUCCUAAAGUAUUUAGAGGUUCUGGAAACUUUUCUUAGUAAGCAAGAGACACAGGCGAUUUCAAAAAUUAAGACUUUAUCCCGUAUUUCGAGCGGUUUUAGUGAUGAAAAGAGCAUUGCGAACUUGGCAAAAUCUAGGAAUCUAGAAUCAGUCGAUAUAUAUGUUCGUCCCGGUCAAAUAAUUUUAAUGGAUCAUUUGAUAAACUUGUUUAAAAAGUCCGCCGUCAAUAUUAUCGGCUGCAAUUUUUAUAUUGCCUUAACCGAGGAACUUGGGAGAUUGAAAGUGUCACUCAAUGAUAAAGAUAAUUUUGAGCCUUAUCGUCAUACAAAAACGCCAUAUAAUAAAGAUGAUGACGAUGACAUGUCUAAUCAUAUAACUCGCGUUGCCCAGCUGCCAAAUAUCUAUAAGUUUUAUUUAUCUGGAACGUUUAAGGGCUCUAUAUUGAAAGCCGUAUUUGAGGGACUAGCAAGUAGAGAACCACAGCUUCUUAAAAAGAUAGAUAUCAGCCGCUGUUUCUCAUUUUCCCCAGAACAUGCGAAUAUUCUUGCUUCUAUCCCAUCCUUGACGAAUAUUGUUUGUAAGGCUUCCAAUUUUAAAGAUACAGUCGCAUUGAAGGUCCAGCAGCUCAAUGCGAUUAAGGAGAUUACAAGCCGAGUGGAUCGAAAUGAAACAGAACUGUGUAAUAUUUUUAUAAUCCACAAAAAUAGUGCUGUUAAACUAAUACUAGACUUCACCGACAAAUUAAUCCGAUUUCCAAUAAUUGAUCUAAAGUAUUGCGCUAGAUUUUUCGAACCUCUAGCCUCCUUAAAUAACUUGAAAACUCUUUUGAUUAAGGGCCACAUCGGCGAUCUUCCUUUAAUUAAUUUAAUCAAGUUAAUCGAAAACCUGGAGGAAUUACACAUUAAAGUGGUCAGCCCUGAAGAUCUCACAGAACUGGUUCGAGUACAUAGUUUAAAAGUUCUGGAAUGCGGCUUCUGCUCUUCCAGAAAUAUUGAAUAUCUGGUCGAGUUAAAUUACCUCGAGACCCUAACUAUCACCGACCAUCCGGAGGGAUCCUUGACAACUCUUUUUAAAGCCCUUGCCUCAAAGGAGGAUCAAGUACUUCUAAGCCUCAGUAUCCACAAAAGCCUUACUUCCGAAGAGAUUUUCGAGCUUGCUGAAUUACAAACCUUAGAACGACUGCAGCUAGGAAAACUGGCUGACAAAAGUUGGCAACAACCAACAAGCAGUAAUAACACAAGUCCUAAGGUCCACAGUAAAAGUUCAGAACAAAUAAAUAAUACACCUUUUAAUUUUGAACUGUUAGCUAAUUUGUCAAAUAUUAGGGAGUUAAGUAUUCACAUUAACUAUGCAUCCCAAGCCGUCUAUAAGCUGUUGAGGACUAUAAUCUCGCGAUUUCCUCAGAGAAUGCGGCUACUCUCACUUCCAUUUCAGCAGAUAAGUCUUGUAUCCCAAUUCAAGGAACUAAAGUUCUUAGAGUGCUCUGUGUACCAUGUGGAAGAUUUAAGGUCUCUAUCUCCUUUACGAAACCUCGUAGAGCUGCAGAUACAUAAUACUGAAGAAAAUAUAACAUGGGCGCUUCUGAAGGAACUACAUGAUUUAAGAAGUCUCCAAAACUUGCUUUUGGAUGACACCCACUUGGAAUUUUUAGAUGUUGUGGAAGUAACAAAAAUAAAUUGGCUUACCACCUUACGACUGGGACUGGCCGACAAGCGAUUUGUCCCCAUGCUGGCCCAGUUAAAAAAUCUGGAAGAUUUGGAAAUUACAUCAACCCAUUAUGCAGGCAGAGAUGAAAGCCACUUCGUUCCCUACUUUCUUGAAUCAUGCCGGAAACUAAAAUCGAUUUAUCUUCAUAGAUACUAUAACUUGUUUACAAAAGAUUACGUAAAAGGUAUCUUGAAUAGUAUUAAGCUUUACAGGGAUCCUACCAUUUAUCCACCACUAGAACUGCGCGGGAUUUUUGAAAUCGAUUCCCUGAACCUUUGGAGUUCCAAUGACUAUGAUGAUUACGAUGAUGCUUACCUGAACUUGGAAUUAAGAAAGCCAAGAUUUUGGGUGGAGCCCCGAAAAGAAAAUGUUCCCUGGCGAUAAUAUAAAAGCAGUACUCAUUUUUGGAUACAUAAAUUUUGCCCAUUUAUAUUGAAA